GGACGGAGGAGGGAGGACGGAGGAGGGAGGGGGAUGUUCAGCGAUAAUAAACUGCUGACUGCUGACUGCUUUUCUCCCAUUCGGUCAUUUGUAUUGCUAUGCUAUGUACGAGUAUACGUAGGUACAAAGGCAGAUACUCGCAUUCCAUUUCACCUACCUAUAAUUAAAAGACUCCUUCAAGGACAGCACAAUUCAGCCAUUCUCAACCAAAUACCUAGGUAGAUGACAUUGGAAGAUAUUCCUAGAUCAACCUAUAUUCCCCCAUGAACUGGCCAAUAAUCUAUGGCAGCCUUAUACGGAGUAUAAAUAUCUUGAAGGAUUUGCUGUAUCCUGAUCUUGGUAUUGUGGCGUAUACAGGGAACAGAAAAACAUCUGGAUCCUGCAAACACCCGAUUCCAAGACCUCUUUCGGGCCCUUUGCGCUGGGACAUUCAGAGCAUGAUCAGGUGCAAGCCGUACCGAUUAAGCCUCAAAAGGCGACAUGAAAGGUUAUGAUUGAGUUGACAAUCUAUCAAUCAAUCAAUACUGCCAGAAACUUCAUCGCAAUCGCUUCAAGGAAUUGUGCGCAAAGGACGAGUGUGUGAAGGACUGAUGGGAGAUGAGUCGGUGAGGAAUCGAAGUGUACCGCCUUGCGAAACUAAAAAUGAUUUUCCUCAGCAGGACUAAAUAUUCAACCAACAUUCCUUAAGCCCUGAUAGCCCUGAUUGAUCUCAGGUUCCUCCUCAACCAACUGUUCUCCUUCAGCCAGUACCAGUCGCGAUGUUUAUCCACCAUAGCAGCAGAUAAUCUAACAAGAGAAUGCAAAGUAUCGCUCUUUGUAAGAUCUUACUUCAAAGCCAUGCUUUCAUCGCUAUGUCAUGAUCGCGACCGGCUGCUGAACUCACGGCGAUGGGCAUAUGGGCAUACAUGUAUUUUUAGUACCGGUACCGUACUCAUGGGAAGCAUGAUAUGCGAACGCGAAUCAUAAGAUAAGAACGGAUACCAACCUUCAUAAGGCUGGCUUUGCAUAUACAUAGCAUAUUCCUAAGCGCCGCGUCUCAGUGGUCUGAAGACUAGAACUGGUGGAAACAAGUGCCACCAUCGUCACUUCGUACCUAAUCAUAUGUACAUACCCUCACCAAGUCCAUUCCUGUCGCAAGCCAUGGCAGCCGUUCGUAAAUGGGGCUUAGAUAUCACCAAGUUCUCCGUGACUGUGCUUAGAUACAGUUUAGGUACUGUACUUCGAGUGAUAGUAGGUAUGCACAUAGUUUCGUCGAAUAUGGAUAGGUUUCACUGCUUAAUGAGCAAGCAGGUGAUAUUUCAAUACAUGACGUCGAAUUAGGAGAUAGGUGAACUUUUCUGCUACCAAUCACGAGGAUAUAUUAUUUUACUAUUAUUGCAUCCCAUUUGAGCUCACUUAGGUACAAACACCACCUUUUAAUAUUUCAUACUUUCCAAAGUUGCAUGAGGCACGAUCCCGCACGUCGAACCAAGGUGGCUCCUCCCAUAUCUACUCCUUCGAUCAAUAUAUAACGUUUCGGCUUUCUUCCCCGGACUCUUCUUUCCUUCGCUUUCUCUUCCUUAACUACCUAUCUUUAUUCCAUACACCUAUCGCAGCAUGGUUGCCAAUUAAUUAUCAUCUCGUGGCAUAAUGCACUUUCACAACCUACAAUAUCCUUCGUUAUACCUAGAAACACAUUUAACACACUCAACCCGAAUAACAUUACAUCGUUACGGAAGGAGUCGUCACUUUCGUUAUAAAUGAGAAUGGACUCUUAUGGUCCAUCGAUACUGGCAACAACAAUCCUCUUCCUCGUUCUCGGUGUUGUUGUUGUCUCGCUCCGUUACUACACUCGAGUUGUCAUUCGAAAUACCAUCGGUCAUGAUGACUUUCUCAUUCUCUUCGCUUUGGUAAGGUAGACAUCUAGAUCAAGUAUCUGCUAUUCUGACUUGGGCUUUCAGGGCCUCUAUGUGGUGAUGGCGUCACUACUGUUCGUUGGCGUUCAACGGGGCAUUGGUCAGCAUAAGAAAGGGCUGGAUACAGAUGACAUCGUUGAAAGCUCCAAGGUUGCGACACUACCUUCCUGGUUAUACAUCAAAUUAACGACUAACAGUACGUCUGGCUCACGGUCUUAAUUUACAUAAAUGCAGUCACCGCGGUUAAAGCUUCCUACGCCACUUGUCUCCUCCGUCUGACUGAGGUUAGCCCUUGCGCGUAUGCUCUUUGGGCUGGGCUUGCUAUCAAUGUCAUUCUUUGCUUCAUAGCAAGCUUCUACUUAAUCUUCAAUUGCCGACCAAUCUCAUAUGCUUGGACCCAGGGCGAUUCGACUGUCGACGGAUAUUGUAACUAUGACUCAGCAGAUGCUCUAGGAUAUGCAUGGGCAGGACUUUCUCUCGCACUAUACCUCCUCUUUACCCUCGUUCCAGUUGCAUUAGUUUGGGAUAUGCAAAUGCAUAUAAAAACCAAGACAUUUGUCGUAACUGUCCUGGGAUUAGGGUUAUUGUGAGUAAUACAUAGCUAUCAUCUGGGUUGUGCUUUUGCUGACCUUGCGCCAGUGCUGGUGUUGCAUGCGCUGUACGCAUUGGAGUGUUUGCGGUGGAUUUAGAUUAUACCGAUCCCCUCUGUUCGACAAUUCGUCCCAUUAUCUUACUUGAGAUGACUAAUAAAUAUUUAUAGAUUCAAUAUCACCGAUGCUCAUUUGGUCUGUGGUGGAAGCCGGCUUAGGAAUCGUUGCUAGCUGCAUUGCAACAUUAAGACCUCUACUUCGACACUACAACAUUCAAGGCUUAGAAGAGAUUGAGCUCGAAGGAGAGGUUGGACACGGUGAACCUGGACAGGACGACGGUCGUCGAGCGUACAAGAUGUCAACGGUAUCCCAGAUCCUCAACAAGUUUACUGGCCACGGUGCACAUACGGUUACAGUGGUCCAUCAAGGAAGUGUGGCUACUAUCCCUGGGCAAGGUCAAAUCAAGGAAAGAAAGACAUAUAACAUUUCUACUCUUCAGAGAAGUGCAGCGGACAUGCAACAUGAUCGAGAAAUGCAAGGAACUGCUGGCAAAGUUCCGGAACCAGAUGAUGUAAAUACUGGCGGUUGGUAACGAUCAGAAAAGACUCCGAAUGAUUGUGAGAGCAUGGUGAAUUGGUUCUCAAGAGGAGAAGGAGUUGGUCAGGAAUACCUUUUACCUUCAGGUUACGGAACUGUUUUGAUACAUGCGAAUAAACUCUCGAGCCUCUGCAUUCAUUGGAAAUCCGUUAACAUUUUUAUGGAAAAAAAACUGCUACUUUAAGCAUUAUAUACAUUCUUGCUGAAAUCCUGCCUUGUGAAUUUAUAGGUAAUUUUGACUGAUUCUAGGGUAAUAUUCGGCAUUAUCGAUCCGACAUUCCAACAAACCUUAACAGGGAAAUAAGGUUAUCGCGUAGCCCUUAGCCAGGGACAGAAAAGGAGAAUAUCUUGCCGCCAUUCCCUUGGCCAGCCGGAAAUCCCAUACGGGCUAGAAACUCAGUGGACUCGGGUGGAUUCCCAAGAUUAUCUCAAAUUAGAUUUAUACAAAUAAAGAGGUUGGGAUAUAGGGGGUUACGUUUGUGGGGCAGAUAGGUUUUACCACCAAUGGGAUUUUGUGAUGUUGGGUUUGAACAAUAUACGAAAGGUAUCCGAUAACGUUUGGAUAUGUCAGGUAAGCUGGCGAUGGAACCUCUGCUAAUGGUAAU